AUGGAGUUACUACCUGAGGGACAAAAGAAUAAUAAGUCAGUAACCUAUCAAGAUCAAUUGAAAAUUAAUGAAUUUUCAAAGUUAAUUUUGAAGAAAGAUGAUAUUGAACUAGAGUUAUCUAAACAACUACAAGAAAAGGAGUUUUUGGAUGAUAUUUCUUUAGAAAUAGAAUUAAUCGAUGAGGAUGAAAAAUUACAAUACAAGAUAGGUCAAGAAUCAUUAUUUGUGUUCAUGAAACAAAAAGAUGUAAUUAAACACUUGGAAAACGAUUUACAAGAGCUAGAUAAUAAAAUUGAAAAAUUAACUAAUGAAAAAAGCAUUAUAGAUGAAAAGAUAAGUGGAUUGAAAUCACAAUUGUAUAUUAAAUUUGGAAACACCAUUAACCUAGAACGUUGA